GUGAAUAGGAUUGUGGGUAAGAGGGAAGACCGUUGUUUACCAUGGCGACGGGGACGCUACCGCAUGUAGCUAAUAGAUACAGAGUGCCUCUGACUUUAUAUCUUUUAAUUUACACAGAUCUACUUGAUUGCCAGCAGUUUGUCGUCCCGUAUAAGACUCCUUCAGAUUGUAGUGCGGAAGAAUUCUUCGAUAUCUCGAGUCUGUCGUGUGUGAAGUGCGGUUCAAAUCAGCGACGGAGCACAACAGGUCUGAGCUGCAUUUGCAAAACUGGGUACCAGACUCUCACAACUGAUAAGGCGUCUGUUACUUGUCGGCAAUGUCCAACUGACAAGCCUGCAGUAACUAAAGGUGGGUUUGGCUGUAUUCGAUGUCCAGGCAGUCUCAGUGAUGAGGGGCACUGCCAGUGCCCACCAGGCGAUAUCCUGGUGGAGAGAGAUGUCAAUGGAAACCUUUUGGAAGAGGCCAGGUGUGUAACUUGUAAUGGAAACACCCCUGGUUUGUCUGUACCAAACAGCAGUGGAGACAGGUGUGAAAGAUGUCAGGCUACCUUUAUUAACUCCUCCUGUGUGUGUAACCCUCCUAAUAUCCAGGCAGGUGGAUUAUGUUUUCCUCCAGGCAGCCUCUCCACCAAUGUGAAUCCCAGUGUCAACUAUGCUCAGUUGAAGUUCAGCAUCCAGUCUGCCUGGUUCGUCAAAAACCUGUACUCCUCGUCAGCAGCCUGCCUUGUCUUCUCCAACCUGACGGCAUGUCAGGCUCUCGGGAACAUGUGUGUGAUGAACAUGCACUCCUUUAGCGGCAUCUCCACCGAUGCAUGCAGACUCUUUAACAUCAUCUUCAGAUCUAGAGCUCCUCUGAGCUCAACGCGAGACAUUUCCUACUGGAGAGUUAAUCUGCCAUGGCUUUACUAUGGGGAUGAACCAGGUUUAGCCAGUCGAGUGCUUCAGACCGAUCCUGUUCCUAUUAGAUUCAGUUUCAGAGGAAGAAACAAGAACACUGACGUUAAGCUGCUUGCUGCUGUCUAUAAUGUCAGAGGGGAGUUCCUCAGAUGGGAACAAGAAGCAGGACGUAGUCUCCAGCUUUGUCCUGAAACAGCCACCAAACAGGCGGCAGCCUUCAGCUUUGGGACCACUUACCAACAGAGUUGUGAUUUCUCAGUAGCAGAGCUGUUGGGUACGCAUCCUGAGCCGUUGUUCUAUGAUGUAUUCAUGGAUCUUGGUGGCGGAGAGAACAGAAAACUUCUCCCUCUGCCUACCCUAAUCUAUAACCAGCAAUACAAUGGACGGUUCAUCAACCAAGAGAACAUGAAGAACUGGUACCUGUCUCGACGUAUUUUUCUUGUCGACACGCUGAGUGGAAGAGAGAAGAGCAUAGGUUCCCAGCCUAAAGUCAUCCGUGUUGCCACCAGUGUCAAAAUAAGAUUUCAGCUGGUUCCCCGCACCCAGGAAGGACAAGUAUAUCCCCCUCUGCUGACUGUGACCUACAGUGAUGUUCUCAUCACGGAUAUAAACACACAAACUGUGUCUACGACGUUUGCAGUCGAGUAUGAGAUGGAUCAGAAUGAGGCUCGCAUGAAGACUGAUACCGCUCUAGGUGUGAUGGGCGGUGUAGCUGUGCUCUACUCUCUGCUGAAGACGGUCAGCUGGAAGAGGAGAAUCGGCUCUGUGCACAUUGAUGUGGAGGCUAUACUGAAGUUUUUGUUGUUUUAUGCCGGAGAUCUUGCCAAUGUUUUCUUCGCCGUCACUGUGGGAACCGGACUUUACUGGCUCAUCUUUUACAAGACAUUAAAGGCUCAACAGUUUGUGUCAGUGGUGUUGCCACUACCUGCUCAGGAGGAGCAGUUUGUGACAUACAUUGGAUGUGCCUUCGCCCUCAAGGCUAUCCAGUUUCUCCACAAGCUGAUCAUUCAAGUGUCAGUUGAUAUAUUCUUUAUUGACUGGGAGAGGCCACGAAGCAAAGCUAGUAGAACUGCACAAGCAGGUGAGGGGAAACGUGAGCCCGCUCCGGUCAGCAUCUGGAGGACCUACUUUGUGGCCAACGAAUGGAAUGAGAUCCAGACCAUCCGCAAGAUCAGCCCAACUUUUCAAAUCAUGGCUGUGCUCUUCUUUCUCGAGGUGCUGGGUUUCUCUAACCUCGCUCUGAGGGACCCGUGGCCAACUUUAGAGCGCUCCUCACAGGCGUACACCCCUUCAUACAGCCUGAUGCUGCGCUACGGACUGGCAGCCUCCCUGUGGCUCUGCAUCGGACUCCUGCAGGUGAUUUUCUUCACAGUGUUUCAUGAGCAUUUUGUGGAGGACAAAAUCCGCCAGUUUGUAGAUCUCUGCUCCAUCAGUAACGUUUCUGUGCUGUUGUUAUCGCACCGUUCUUUUGGCUACUACAUCCAUGGUCGUUCAGUUCAUGGACAUGCGGAUACAAACAUGGAGGAAAUGAACAACAAUCUGAAGAGAGAGAGUGAGUCCCUGUGUGGUCAGAGAGGUCUACUACCCAACACGGAGAUCCAGACCUUUCAGGUGUCUCUUGCCAGACGUCUGUGUGAGCAAUACGAGAGGAUACGGGAGCCGCUCAGCAGGAGGAGUGGGCCAUCACGACUGAUGGACGCAGGCUCGGCUAACCUGUUUGAGCAGAACACCAGAGCCUACCACACCAUGAACCACUUCCUGGGAUCCGUUAUAGACCAUGCCCAGCCUGACAUGGACUAUAUAGUGAAGGACAAGCUGAUGUUUGAGCGGGUCAUAGGGAUGGAGUUCCUUGAACCCAAUGAAAAAAGCAUUUUUUACAACGAUGAGGCCCACUCCUUCAGCGAUCUGCUGUAUUAUGGAAAUGAGGCCACGUUGCUGAUCUUUGACACUUUGUUCUUCUGUGUCGUUGACCUUGGGUCUCAAAACUUUGUGCUCGCAUCUGUCCUUACAUACGUGCAGCAAAUGAUAUUUCGCUUGAUUCGUAACACUCUCGGAAGGAAGAACCUCGUCAACAAGACUCUGGUGGAUGAGCGAUUUCUGAUAUGAAAAUAUGUAUAUAAGUAAUUAGCAGUGUCAGUGUUGUUUAGUGGCAUUUCUCUCAGGCGUUUACCGUUCACAGCUUUUGCAGCUCGUUUUUUGUACGUUCUUUACACAGUAUUUUCACUGCUGUUUCAUGCUGUAAAUAUUAUAAUUUUUGUAAGAAUUUUGAUGUUUUUAUCGAUUAAAAUAUUUUGAUAUGUGUU